AGCUUCAGGUGGAGGCAGAGCCACCUCUCUGCUGUCUGCGAGUUCCCUGGAGCCGCCCCAUGACCUGUCAGGUCAGGUGGCCCCUCCUCAUGUCCGCGACCCGCCCGCUUUGCAUAUGUGACACCUCCCAUCGACGGGGAAACGUGUCGGCUCGGGUGGUUUUUAAACAAGUAUUAGGUCAGAAAGCAGAAAGAACCGGAGUUUGGGCGCUGCGAGCCGCAGAAGCAGGAAGCGUAGCUGCGGGCUCCAGUGACGGGCAUGGACGCGCUCAGGUCGGCCGGCAGAGCGAUCAUCCGGAGCCCCAGCGUGGCCAAGCAGUCCUGGGGUGUCGCCAGGCACAAGAAACUGCCUGAGAACUGGACAGACACCCGAGAGACCCUGCUGGAGGGAAUGACCUUCAGCCUGAAGUACCUGGGGAUGACGCUUGUGGAGCAACCCAAGGGGGAGGAACUUUCUGCUGCUGCCAUCAGGAGGAUUGUUGCCACGGCGAAAGCCAGCGGGAAGAAGCUGCAGAAGGUCACCCUGGAAGUCUCCCCCCGAGGGAUCAUACUGUAUGACGGCGCCACCAACCAGCUGAUAGAGAACGUCUCCAUCUACAGGAUAUCGUACUGCACAGCUGACAAGAUGCACGACAAAGUCUUUGCCUUCAUUGCGCAGAGUCCCCACAGUGAGACGCUCGAGUGCCACGCCUACCUUUGCACCAAGAGGAAAGUGGCGCAGGCCGUGACCCUGACUGUUGCUCAGGCCUUCAAGUUGGCUUUCGAGUUAUGGCAAGCAGCCAAAGGAGAGAAGGAGAAGCAAGCGAAAUGUGGCUCAGACGAAAAGGGCGGCAGUAACUUGGUGUCGGAGAGCUCGGCCCCCCCGAGGGGAGGAGAUGUGGCCACAGAGAACCUGCUGGGUCUGGAAGGGGGGGCAGCCGCUGUCUCUCUCCCUGAUCAGGACCUCACUACACACUCUGCUGCAGCCAAGAACAACAACAUGCUGUGGGAGCUGGACGAUGGCCUGGAUGAAGCCUUCUCCAGACUCGCAGAGUCACGGACCAACCCCCAGGUGCUGGACAUCGGGGUGAAUGCCCAGGACCUCAGCGCUGAGGAGUGCCCCUCCCCCAUGGACUGGGACAAAGCUGAGACAGCUGCCGGAGACAAGGAUGACAUCUUCAACUUCUGAGGGACUGUGAAGGAAUGUCUCAGUGCUGCCACCUUGUGGCUGGGCACCCAGUGGGGAACUCUACAUAGUUCUGGAGCUCUGACCAAAGCAAUAAAUUUAUAUAUAUAUAUAUAUAUAUAUAUAUAUAUAUAUAUAUAUAUAUAUAUAUAUAUAUAUAUAUAUAUAUAUAAUUUUUUUUCUCUUCUAAACAUGCAAUAAUUGCAGAUGUGGUGUUACAGCUAAAGACAGUGUUUAUUUUAAUUCCUUCAGCUGCUUGUAUAUAUACAUUAUACCUUUAUAAAAAAACAAGUUUGUAUAAUAUAAGACAUUAAAGUGUCCCAGCCCCCCCA